CACCGCCGUACUCUUAAUACUCUCCUCUCUUGAUCUGUUCUAACUCUCUUCUCAGAUUAUUACAUGCACGAGAGAUGCCACCGCUUUCGAGCUCGCUCUCUCUCACCCUCUUCGUUCUCGCGAUAGCGCCGUUCUCGCGACUCUUCCUUCCGGCCGAUUCAAGAACGCACCCCGGAGACAUUCGGGUCCUCAAAGCUCUCAAAGCCUCGAUCGACCCGAAGUCGGUAUCUCCCGGAUCUUGCGUGGGCUCCUGGGACUUCUCCGUCGACCCUUGCGACCGCGCCUUCAGCGACCGCUUCACCUGCGGCCUCCGCUGCGACGUCGCCGUCUCCAACGCCUCCCGCGUCACCGAGAUCGCCCUCGACUCCGCCGGCUACUCCGGCUCCCUCUCCUCCGUCCCCUGGGACGACGGUGUGCUCUAUCUCCAAACCCUCGACGUCUCCUACAACUCGUUCGCCGGCUCCGUCCCCGGCUCGCUCUCACGGCUGACUAGCCUCCGCCGGCUCCGGCUCUCCCGGAACUCGCUCUCAGGCCAACUCCCUGCCUCGCUCGGCUCGCUUGCCGCCCUCGAGGAGCUCAGCCUCGACGGCAAUAACUUCCACGGAGGCAUUCCGUCGAGCUUCAACCGUCUCGCAGGCUUGAAAAGGCUCGAGCUCCAAGGGAACAACCUCUCGGGCGAGCUGUUGUCCAAUCUGGGCUCGCUCCAGAGUCUGAAUUUCCUCGACGCGAGCGACAAUAACUUCUCCGGCGUAGUCCCGGCGUCUCUCCCGCCGUCGCUGGUGGAGCUCUCGCUCCGGAACAACCGCCUGCGAGGGGACCUCCCGGAAAUCAUCAGCGUAAGGGCGAAGCUCCUGCAGGUCCUGGAUCUUAGCCGGAACGAGCUGAGCGGCGCUGUGCCGUCGGCGCUCUUCGAGCACCCAUCCCUCGAGCAGCUCACGCUCUCGCAUAACAACUUCACGUCCUUGCACGCGCCGCCCGCAGGGGGUGCGAACAGCAGGCUGGUGGCCGUCGACCUGAGCUACAAUAAUCUCCGAGGGCUAUUGCCGGGGUUCAUGGCGGUGCGGCCGAGGCUGUCGGCGCUGUCUCUGGAGCACAACAUGUUCACGGGGAUGAUACCGGUGCCGUACGCGCUGAGAGUGAGGGACGCGGCCGCCGUCGAAGGGAGAGGCGGGACGGCAAUCAGGAGGCUGCUGCUGGGCGGGAACUACUUGUUCGGGCCGAUACCGGGCCCGCUGAUGGGCCUGAGGCCCGGGUCGGCGAACGUGAGCCUGGUGGACAACUGCCUGUACCGGUGCCCUGACGAGUUCUUCUUCUGUCGGGGCGGCGAUCAGAAGUCCCCGGUGGAUUGUAAGAGCUUUAGCCCCGCCAUUCCUUAA